AUGGGGGAAACUAUUCGCUUCAUUACGCAGAAGCUUAAUGCGGAGCCAUUUAGGAAAAAUCUCAAUCUUAUAAGUUUUGACGCGUUAGAACCCCUGCAACUACUUCAGCUGAUAAAUGACGUAAUAGCGGAAAUAGAUCCCAAGCAAAAGAUGGAUAUACGAGAAGAGUCAUCUGCUCAAACGGCUAUUCGGAUUUAUGAAGCUCUGCGUGUGUAUCGCUACAAGUGUCCUACGGAUCAGACGGAAAUGAGUGAAUUCCGCAAAGGAUUGGUUACAGGAGAUAAAGCUGUGAUCUAUCCUAUAUUAGAGUGGCUACUACAACGCAUUCCCGAAUUAAAAACCCGUGCUUAUCUAGCCAGAUUUCUAGUUAAAGUGCAAAUACCUGAAGUUUUCAUGCAAGAUGAAGAAAUCAGUUGUUUGUAUCAGCAGUAUGAUUCAUUAGUGGCUUCAUUUAAGGACGCCCACCGGAAGUUGGAAUCCCUAAAAUAUGGCGGACUCACCACAUCAGAAGUGAAGAAAGACAUUUCGGCGAUGCAGGAUGAAAAGGACCAGUUGCACAAGCGGGUCGAUCGUAUGAAGAAAAAACUGGAAGCAUUUCCUACAAGCUUAAUGAUGUUGGAAAUGGCGAAAAAGUUACGGAUAGAGCGAGAACGGGAAGCGAAGGUUGCAAAACAGAUUCAUGAGCAGAAAACUUUGAUUGCCAGUCUUGGACAACGUGCUCAGCAUAUACAACAGCAAGUGAAAGAGAUACGCAAGGCUGCGACCGGAUCAACACCAGGAAUUUUGCUCCAAAAACUGGAAGAGGAGGUCCGUGUGAACCAAUAUAUGGUGUCCGAUAAAUUACCUAGAGAGCUCGAAGCUGUCAAGAAACACAUUGAAGACCUCAAUAGGGUCGUACCCCAACCAGCCAUGGGACAGGGAUUUCUCGAUCAACUUAAUCAACAAUUGCGAGAAACAAACUCGCAAACAAACCGCUUGAUUGAAAAACGAAUGGCAUCGAGUGAGCCUUUGGAUGACAAAAUCUCCAUCUUCCGACAGCAAGCAGGUAUCGUGUCACGGAAAAAAGCUGCGGCCGCUGAAGCUCUAUCCGUGGCUCGAGACAAUUUAGCGGUGAUUGAACGCCGUAUCGGGGAAACCAAAGCUCAGCUUCUCCAAGCCAACGGUGGAUCAGAUGAUGCCCAUGUUGCCGCUGGAGAUGUGGGUACGAAGGGGACCAGUGAAGGUCGUUCUACUGGCACCAUGGGGCUCAAAGCCGACGAGUUUCAACGAUACGUGGCAAAACUCCGAAGCAAGAAUACUGUGUACAAACAGAAACGUUCUCAGUUGAGUGAACUUCGUGCGGAACGGAGUAUUCUUACACGAACUGUGGAGAGACUGCGUGCCGAAGAAGCUGAGGCCAAACGGGUUCUUGCAGCUACCGAAGCUUCUCAAGGAAUCAGUGGAUACUGGGAAACCCAGAACAGUCUGGAAAAGUAUCGAUCUACUAAUUCAUCCACCUAUCAAAGUAGCAUCCUUAACGAUUACCUUUUUAAUGAACAGGUCUCUGAACAAAUGAGCGCGCUGAACGAACAAAAAGGAGUCACACUGGAAGAAAUGUCCCAAAUAGUUCAACAGCUGACUAACCGAAUCAACGCCAAACGUUCUCAGCUGGCUCCAAUUCUUCGGGAACUCAGACCACUGAGACAGAAAGCCCAGGAGCUAAGUCAAGUGCACCAGGAGAAAAAAGCAGCCUACGAUGCACUCGCUGCUGGCCGUGAGACUCAAACCGUUCGAUUGGAACAGGAUGUUCGCGCAGCGCGUGAAGCAGGAAAGAUCGAGGAGUCACGUUUUCACUACCUGUCGGCCGUGAUGGGAAUCGCACGCGUGCAGCAAUACAAGUUACAAGAGGAGAUGCGGGGCUACUUGGCAGCUGGGAAUCCGAUGAAUGCCACAACUGUGGAUACCAGUGGUGCUGGUGCGAAUGAACGACGGAAGAGUUAUCGAGAAAUUUAUACGCGCAAAAUCAGCGAACAGGAAGCGUUGACACGAACACUCAAGGAGGAGCAAAAACAACUGAUGGAAAAUCAGGCUAGCGGACUCCGCCAGGUGAAUCUAUGGCGUGACCUAGUUCACCUGUUGGACGCGAAAAUAAUUGCCCGGGAAGAGGAUCAGGCCCGCCAAAAGGCGGGUGGUGAGUACGCGGAUGUUAGGAAGAUCGAGGAGGAUAGAUUGCUGCUUUAAGUCACAACGCAAUCUGAUGUUGGUUACCUUUCCCCUGUUUCUGCACAGAUAUGCAUAAUACGUAGACAUACUGUAUAUAAUUCAUAAUUGUACGGUUACUUUUGAAUGAAUAAAUUGGUG